AGUCCAUAACAAACACGCUGUAGAUAAGGACAGACACGGCCCUCCCGUGGGCAGUGUCUUCUAGGUUUCAACGUGACUGUGUUUAUUUCCACGGGGCUGUCAGCGACACCUCUCUGAACUCAGACUGGCACAAUUGCUUUUAGAUUUGGGCUUUAGUUUGAACUCUGCGCUACUGCGCCUUUUGUGGCUUUUCAGAAAUACGAAGUUAGGAGUAUCGCUUAUGGGACUUGACCAUGGCCUCUCCGUCAGCAUCUACAUCGGUGGGGUCUGAGAUGCCCUCUCCUGGAGGCAUAGAGGCACUGCAGUUGAAGGUGGGCCCUGUGAAGAGGAGCCUGUUUGGGCCGGUGGACCACCAGCAGCUGCAGCAGGACUUCCAGAGAGUGCUUCGGAUGGGAGUGGAGGUGGCAAACAAGCGCUGGAAUUUUGACUUCCAGAGGGACGAGCCUGGAUCCGGCCCCAACAUGGAGUGGGAGGAGCUGAGUUUCCAGGAGGUGCCUGCCUUUUACCGCAGCUGUACAUUUCGAUCUGCACGGUCAGGAGCAGGGGCCAAACGGCGAUCCUCCUCCUCCUCUGGGCAGGGCUCUCCACUGUCCAGCAGCUCGUCCUCUUCAGGAGACGAGUACCUCGAGGUGACCACCAGGGGGUACUACAGGCUAGAGUCAGGCAAGCGCCGGCAGGCUGUCAUCACAGAUUUCUUCAAAGUGAAGAGGAAGAAACUCCUGCAUUAUAAAGAGUCUUCUCGACUGUAGAAACCCAAAGGGGAGGUUCAGGAGAGCCACAUAGUGGACACCCUCUUCUCCACUUCACCUCAGAGAUGAAGCUCACAUCUGUAUCUGUAAAUAUGUAGCGUUUUCAAACUGACUGUCCUGAAGCUCAUUAUUUAUGGGCUUAAAAAACAACACAACAUUUAAAUUCAGUACAAAGAAACUACCAGCCACCUACCUAAUCAAGCUCAGACUUUACGGUUUUGUGCAUAGUUAUAAAUAUCAUUUUUUAUACUGUUUUCCAAACUUUGAUUAUACUGUGAAUAUUUUAGAAUGCACUCUUCAGGAAAUUAUUCAAA